GCGAAGUUCGCGGGAAGAUGGCGCCGCGCUCCUCCCUGGGACUCCUGCUGCUGCUCUGGCUGCUGCCGCUGCCGCAGGUGUCUCUGGGUUCCGAGGACGAGGCCCCCUGCGACCCCUCGAGCCAGUGCCCCCCGCAGGCCCGCUGGAGCAGCCUGUGGCAUGUGGGGCUCGUGCUGCUCACCCUCCUGCUGCUGCUGCUCUGCGGGGUCACGGCCAGCUGUGUGCGGUUCUGCUGCCUCCGGAAGCACAUGCAUCCGCAGACACACCUGCCACCCGCAUGGCCACCCUGUGACCCGAUGGGCAUCCCUGGAGACAGCGACAGCCCAGCACACAGCACUGUGACCUCUUACAGCUCUGUCCAGUACCCACUGGGCACGCUUCUGCCCCUGUCUUUUGGGGAGCUGGAUCUUGACUCCAUAGCUCCUCCUGCCUACAGCCUGUGUGUCCCUGAGCUGCCACCCUCUUAUGACGAGGCCAUCAAGACAAAAGCCAGAGAGGGAAACCUGGCUUCUUCCCAGAAACCAGGGCCUCUCCCUGGGGCCUCGAGUCUAGAAACCACUCCACAGCCCCAGGGGGCAGGGCCCAAUGUCCAGCAGCCCUCGUAGCCCCUGGGCUCCUUGCAGGGGCUGGGAGAGCUCUUCUGAAGCUGUCAGACCAGCGGUGCCUGGGCCAAGGACCCGCCCACCCCACAUCCUUUCCUUGGGAAGGCCAGCCAUCCAGUACAGCACAUUGCUGCAGACCUGGCCCCAUUGCUAUGCAAUUCCAGCCAGUCCACCUGGCCCACACAGACCUGGCCCAACUUGGGGGCCCUCUGCCUGGAGUAGGCCCACAGGCCUGGGCCUUGGGGGUUCUGGGCCUGAGAUGUUCUCAGUUUUUUGGAGAGAGAAUAAAGUUUACAUCCAAA